AUGACAGACCGAACGAAGGGACUAAAGCGACAUACUCGCGCCGAAGUCAUCGCAAGUCUCGAUAUGGAUGUCGGAAUUGUAAGAAUAGAAGACUCAAGUGCGACGAGUCAAAACCAGAAUGCAUCCGCUGUCUCAAACACGACGAAAUCCCAAUCCAAGAUUCCAACGCCGCCGUAUUCGGAACUCAGCAGGAGCAGCAUCAUGUCACCGGACACGACGGGUGGUAAUAUGUCUCUUGUCACAGUUGAACGAACAAUUACACAGCUCAUUGGCAUCCACGGAAGUCCAAAGUCCAUAGAUGGAUCGACUCAACUCACCAAUCUCGGUUUUCUGAAUCAUUUCGUUACUGAAAGUACAGAAUCGGUGCUCAAUCCAAAAAUAAAAACAAUUAUGAAAACGGGAUUAAUUAGGAGUGCUUUUACGAGUGCGCAUUUGAUGCACACGAUCUUAGCGGCGGCAUGUCUUCACCUCAAUCGUAUGCAGCCAGGAAAUAAAAAUCGGGAGUUCCUCGAGGUAUUUCAUUGGCAACGUGCCGUGCAACUGUAUCAAACAGAACUGGCGUGCACCAAUACUAAUAAUGUCAGCGUGGACAACACGGAUUCCUUGAUCGGAAGCUGUUUACUGUUAGCUCUCAACCAAUUCUGUCCAGCUGAUUUCAAACCCGAGCAUUCCUGGGUCUUCACGUCCAACCCAGCGGACCUGAAUUGGCUCGCUUUACAAGGUGGUCUACGAUGCAUCCUAGGAAUCACUCAGCCGGUCCUUAGCGCCAGUAUCUGGGGAUCUGCUUUUCAAGAUGCUGAUGAUCGGCUGAGAGGGUUCAAAGAGGAGCAAUCAGGUCGUGCUGGUUUACGAGACGAAUUAGCUAAUCUGUGCGAGAUCGACGAUCGCGCGACAUCGGAGAACAACCCGUACCACUGGUCGGUACAGUUGCUGAGCAGAAUGAUGACUCUCAAGCCGUACAAUAGGCCGGAAAACUUUGAGAUCUUUGUUACCUGGAUGGGUCAAAUACUGCCGGAAUUCAUCACGCUUCUGCGAGACAAAGACGAGCGUGCGCUGUUGGUAUUGAGUUGGUGGAUGGCGCUCAUGUGUGCCGUUUCACCGUUUCAGGUCUGGAUAUACGGCAGAAUUGUACCAGAGUGCAAAGCGAUUUGCGAAUAUCUCGAAACAACCAGCACGGACCCAGAUAUAUUGAGACUGAUACGGUGGCCGGCGAUGGCUUGUGGAUACCAUGACUGCAAUCCGGCUGCGAUCGUGGAUGUGACUUUCGACUCGUCGGGAUGUUUCUCAAGAUGCGAGUCCUGCUAA